UUUAAUUGGUCAGAAAAACCAACAGGAAGAGCGGAACAGACCGCUAGUGCGCACACUGUCAAGUUCAGACAGAUACAUCCAGAACUAUCGCUUCAGCUUUCGUCAGUCACCAAAAUCGUGUGCCUACUUGUCUGCAGGCGUUUCCACGUUUGCAGUCAUCUUCAGACAACCUCGCGGACGUCGUUGCAAUAUUUAAAUAAGAGUCAUUUGCACCGAAGUUUCCGGAAAUACAACACAGAGGGCAUCGGUGUGGCAAUGGCAGCGUACAAACUAGUCCUGAUCCGCCAUGGAGAGAGCUGCUGGAACCAGGAGAACCGCUUUUGUGGGUGGUUCGACGCGGAUUUAAGUGAGACAGGAGAACAGGAGGCCAAGAGAGGAGGACAGGCCUUAAAAGAUGCUGGCUAUGAGUUUGACAUUUGCUACACAUCCGUUCUCAAGAGGGCCAUCCGCACUCUGUGGUUUGUUCUGGACAGCAUCGACCAGAUGUGGCUGCCGGUCCACCGGACCUGGCGCCUCAAUGAGCGCCACUACGGUGGCCUGACCGGGCUGAACAAGGCUGAAACAGCAGCUAAACAUGGAGAGGCCCAGGUCAAGAUCUGGAGGCGCUCUUUUGACAUUCCUCCCCCACCCAUGGAUGAGGGGCAUGACUUCUAUCAGACCAUAAGCAAGGACCGACGUUAUGCUGAUCUGACAGAGGAGCAGCUUCCAACCUGUGAGAGCCUGAAGGACACCAUUGCAAGAGCUCUACCCUUUUGGAAUGACGAGAUUGUUCCACAGAUCAAAGAAGGGAGGAGGGUGCUGAUUGCUGCCCAUGGCAACAGUCUCCGUGGCAUUGUCAAGCACCUUGAGGGUAUGUCUGAGGAGGCCAUCAUGGAGCUGAACCUGCCUACAGGUAUCCCCAUCGUGUAUGAGUUGGACAAAAACCUGAAACCCAUAGGAAGCAUGCAGUUUCUGGGUGAUGAAGAGACCGUACAGAAGGCCAUGGCAGCUGUGGCUGCUCAGGGCAAGGUCAAGAAAUAAACUCCACUCCCAAGAGUGGGAUGGUGUUCCCAUCAAUCCCAUGCUGUGUAGUUAAAAAAAUAACUAGUCUACAGGCCAGUUAGUGUUGUCAUCAUCACAGACUUCACACAUGCGCACACACACUGUGCACUUUUUUUUAAGUUUUCAGUCGUAUGCAUCUUUAAGUCAGUCAUAGACUUUGAGGUCGGAUUUGAAUCAUCUAUAUUUUUGGACAUAACAAGAUUUUAGAGAAUGAGUAUUCAUGAUGUAUGUAUUGACCAAAAUGUUAAUCCAGGACCUUUAACAUGUGAGUGUGUAUAGCUUACCAUAUAUUGUAACACUGGUGGUAAAAGACCAAGAUGAUUAACUAUGUAUUUUCUUUUGCUGUGACACUGAACAUAAUAAAUUCCACAAGCUA